CGCGCAGUAGGCGCCGCUCGCCCAACAGUCGUCCCUUGCUGGUCGCCGAUCACACGUCGCGUAGUUGUUAGAAGCUCCAUUACUUGCUUUUGCCAACUAUAUCGAUCGCCCCGUGUGGUGACCAUCUCCAGCUCCGUUUUCUAAAGAGGACAAGGAACAGCCCGUGAUACAAAAUGCGUGAGUGUAUCUCAAUCCACGUUGGACAAGCCGGCGUUCAGAUUGGUAAUGCCUGCUGGGAGCUGUACUGCCUGGAACAUGGAAUCCAGCCGGACGGUCAGAUGCCGUCCGACAAGACUAUCGGAGGUGGAGACGACAGCUUCAACACCUUCUUCAGCGAGACUGGUGCCGGCAAACACGUGCCCAGGGCCGUCUUUAUUGAUCUGGAACCAACUGUAGUCGAUGAGGUUCGCACUGGAACUUAUCGCCAGCUCUUCCACCCGGAACAACUGAUCACCGGCAAGGAGGACGCUGCGAACAACUAUGCCCGCGGUCACUACACGAUCGGCAAGGAGAUCGUCGACCUCGUGCUGGACCGCAUUCGCAAACUCGCCGAUCAGUGCACCGGUCUGCAGGGUUUCCUCAUCUUCCACUCGUUCGGCGGCGGCACCGGUUCGGGUUUCACGUCCCUGUUGAUGGAGCGUUUGUCCGUUGACUACGGCAAGAAGUCGAAACUCGAGUUCGCCAUUUAUCCCGCACCACAGGUCUCCACCGCCGUGGUCGAGCCGUACAACUCCAUCCUGACGACGCACACCACUCUCGAGCAUUCCGACUGCGCGUUCAUGGUCGACAACGAGGCGAUCUACGACAUUUGCCGCCGCAACCUGGACAUCGAGAGGCCGACCUAUACGAAUCUGAAUCGCCUGAUCGGCCAGAUUGUGUCGUCCAUCACGGCCUCGCUGCGAUUCGACGGUGCCCUGAACGUCGAUCUGACGGAGUUCCAGACCAACUUGGUGCCCUACCCGAGAAUCCACUUCCCCCUGGUGACGUACGCGCCCGUUAUCUCGGCCGAGAAGGCCUACCACGAGCAGCUCUCCGUUUCGGAGAUCACGAACGCCUGCUUCGAGCCGGCGAAUCAGAUGGUCAAGUGCGACCCGCGUCACGGGAAGUACAUGGCCUGCUGCAUGCUCUAUCGUGGCGACGUCGUACCCAAGGACGUCAACGCGGCAAUCGCUACCAUCAAGACGAAACGCACGAUUCAGUUCGUCGACUGGUGCCCGACCGGUUUCAAAGUCGGCAUCAACUAUCAGCCACCGACCGUCGUACCUGGCGGCGACCUCGCUAAAGUCCAGCGCGCCGUCUGCAUGUUGUCCAACACCACUGCCAUCGCGGAGGCCUGGGCCCGUUUGGAUCACAAGUUCGAUCUGAUGUACGCCAAGCGUGCAUUCGUGCACUGGUACGUCGGCGAGGGUAUGGAGGAGGGAGAGUUCUCCGAGGCGCGCGAGGAUCUUGCCGCGCUCGAGAAGGAUUACGAGGAGGUCGGAAUGGAUUCCGCGGAAGGCGAGGGCGAGGAGGGCGCCGAGGAGUACUAAGAUGCGAUUCAAGUCGCUCGCCCUUUUGUCGCAAGGCUUUGAAAUAUCUUCAUGUGUUUUGAAAUAAAGUAACUGAAUCCAUUUGCAACACAAA